UUCGGCGUGCUUUACUUACCGGCUGCCUAUUUUCCUUUUUCCCCCGAAAAAACAUUUUUGUUAAUUGCGAAAACGAAGGAGCCCGUGUGAACUAGAGAGCUCAAGAAGAAAAGAGGGAAAAGGAGAGAUAAAUCGGAGGCUAUUAGCGGGAAACCAUGCGUGCUAGGUUAGCUGAAAUCUCCCUAAUCUGUUCAUCUCCCUGUGUGGUGGUAGUGUGACCCUGUGAUGUCUUCUCCUACCUCAUGAGCUUCCAGUCUGGAACUGCGGUUCACAAUUCACAAUCCGUAGUCCUGACCUCAGCGCUCGUGAGCUCGCGCCGGUGACUAAAGAUUGCAGCUUUCAGUUCUAGUCCAAGAAACGAGUACUCCGCCGCCAUGGAGGUGAGGUCCGAGCAAGGGCUGAUGGCGGGCAGGGAUCUGUUUGGCAUGCCCAAGAGCCCGCCAGCGCAGCCGGCGUCCGCGGCCAUGCAGAGCGUGCGCAUGGCGCAUACCGCAGACGGCACCCCUGUGUUCGCCCCGGUGACCUCGGCAGCGCCGCCGUCUUACCAGCCGCAGGUCGGGGUCCACGGGCCUAGCAUGUCCACUGCGGCGGUCACUGGAGGCAAUGGCGCCAUCGCGUCGCCGGGCAUGGGUGAGCCAGUGGCCAAGAAGAAGCGCGGGCGGCCAAGGAAGUACGGAUCCGACGGGUCCAUGUCGCUGGCAUUAGUGCCAGCAUCGGCGGCUACAGGGUCGCCGGCGAUGGGGCAGGGUUCUUCCGGGCCUUUCUCACUGGUGGGGCUGAAUCCGGCGAACUCUGUGUCGGGGGUGUCACCGGACGGAGUGAAGAAGCGGGGCCGGCCCAAGGGUUCUACCAACAAGCCGCGCAUGGAUGCUCUUGGGUCAACAGGAGUUGGAUUUACUCCUCAUGUUAUUACAGUUCAAGCUGGGGAGGACGUUUCAUCGAAGAUUAUGUCAUUUUCUCAGCAUGGGACACGUGCGGUUUGCGUUCUUUCAGCAAAUGGUGCCAUAUCAAAUGUAACGCUUCGCCAGACUGCUACUUCAGGUGGAACUGUAACAUACGAGGGUCGAUUUGAGAUACUAUCACUGUCAGGGUCAUUCCUCCUGAUAGAGAAUGGAGGCCAGCGUAGUCGAACAGGAGGGCUCAGUGUGUCACUGGCGGGUCCUGAUGGUCGUCUCUUGGGUGGUGGAGUUGCAGGACUUCUCAUAGCAGCUUCACCAAUUCAGAUAGUAUUGGGAAGCUUCAGUUCCGAAGGCAAAAAAGAGCCAAAACAGCAUGCUCCUUCAGACCCUGUAUCAGCACCACUGAAGGUCGCCCCGACCACCUCUAUGGGACCCAACAGCCCCCCUUCAAGAGGCACAUUGAGUGAAUCAUCUGGUGGGGCUGGAAGCCCACCACCACUGCAUCAAGGCAUGGCUGCUAGCAACAGUAAUCAACAACCACCAAUCAUGUCCAGCAUGCCCUGGAAAUGAGCUCUGCAUCCUUGACCAAAUCAAGGCAGGCUCAGAUCUACGAUUGGCGAACUGCCUUCCAGGAGGAAGUAGCAAUUUGCGCUUCAAUAGUGCUCGUUCUCUGACUAGCUUAUAUGUAGUGUAAUUCGGAGCUUGAGUAGCGAGAGUACUGUAGCCAGAAGUUUGUAGCUCUCUUGUAGGUUUCACCCUGAAUUCAUGUGCUAGGUAGCUGUCUGUUGUCAUCUAGAGAUGAUGUAUUGAGCUUUGUCCAUGUGAUCCUUUGCAGUGUUAUCAAAUGUUAUUUGGUUCUAUGUUCAAUCAAAUGUUAUUAAGUCCUCUAUCCUAACAAUUCAAAUUGAUUUGGGCUGGAAGAUCCUUCUAUGAA